UAUCUCCAUGCCUUAGUGGAGGAUAACUCAGGGCACCCCGUCUCAGCUUCUUCGGGGAUGAACAGGGUGCACAAAUAAACAUGGUACGCAGGGACAAAUUGGAGCCAGAAUGGAUUUAACCCAGUUAAAUCUGUUGACAGAAAAUGUUUCCAAUGAUGAGAACACCACGGACGCACCGUUUGCUCGACCAAAUACGGAGGCAGCCACCGCGCUCAUUAUCCUGGUGGUUACUGUGAUCAUUUCAGUAACUAUUGUCGGAAAUGUGUUGGUUAUUGUGGCAGUGCUGACCAGCCGGGCUCUCCGUGCGCCCCAGAACCUUUUCUUAGUCUCACUGGCCUCAGCAGACAUCCUGGUAGCCACGCUGGUCAUCCCCUUCUCCCUCGCCAAUGAGGUAAUGGGAUACUGGUACUUUGGCAGUACUUGGUGCGCCUUCUACCUGGCGCUGGACGUGUUGUUCUGUACCUCAUCCAUCGUGCACCUGUGCGCCAUCAGCCUGGACCGCUACUGGUCAGUGACAAAGGCGGUGAGCUACAACCUGAAACGGACACCUAAGCGCAUCAAGUCCAUGAUCGCUGUGGUGUGGGUAAUAUCUGCUGUUAUCUCCUUCCCUCCUCUUCUCAUGACCAAACAUGACGAACGGGAGUGCCUGCUGAACGACGAGACCUGGUACAUCCUCUCCUCCUGCCUGGUGUCAUUCUUUGCUCCGGGUCUCAUCAUGAUUUUGGUUUAUUGUAAGAUCUAUAAGGUCGCCAAACAGCGCUCCUCCACCGUGUUUGUGGCCAAAAACGGCCUGGAGAGGCAACCGUCCCAGUCAGAGACCUGUUUCGUUAGAAAUGACCGGUUUGAGAUGGAGAGCCCCAGCAGCCAGAGCUCUGGCAGCCACCAGAGGCAGGGGGAGCUGGAUGACAUUGACCUAGAGGAGAGCUGCUGUCCGUCGGAUACUAAACCCCGCAACCAUCGCUUCACCAAGCGGAGGAAGGUAGAGGGGUCCGACUGCUGCCCUCCUCAGAACUGCCGUCUGUCCUGGGCUUCGGCUCGGGCGUUACAGUUUUACCCAGAACACAAGAACCCAGCUGCGCGACAGCAGCUGGCCGUGGCCAACAAGACCAAAGUGGCCCAGAUGCGGGAGAAACGCUUCACCUUCGUGCUGGCGGUAGUGAUGGGUGUGUUUGUGCUUUGUUGGUUCCCCUUCUUCUUCACAUACAGCCUGCAUGCUAUCUGCAGAGACAGCUGCUACAUCCCUACCACACUUUUCAACCUCUUCUUUUGGAUUGGCUACUGCAACAGUUCAGUGAACCCCAUUAUAUACACUAUUUUCAACAGGGAUUUCAGGAAAGCCUUCAAGAAAAUUAUUUGUACAACUUCUAAACGCACUUGAACACACAGGCACAGAAAGGGUUCCUGGGACUAAUCUGUUUUGCCAGCCUCUCACUCAACAGUGAGGAAGUAAUUACAGAACUCAAUCUUCUUGGCUGACUAUUUUAAUGUAAUUACUAUCAUAUUGAAACUGAGUGUUGUGUCUUAAUGUCUAUGAAUAAAAUGUA